AUGCUUUUAGAGGCCAGGCCAAAGACGAAUACCGAAGGGAAGCCUGACACAGAGCUGUUUGGAGAUUCCUGGUCGUUGGCCAAUGGUCCACUAGAGGAAGCAGAUUCAAUCAUAUUCUCGCUUUUCAUAGCAGCUGUGAGUUGUGUGUCAAAUCACCGUGUUGGCGAGGCAGCUUCACUCCUGGCUUUUAGUGAUGCAGUGUAG